UCGUUCCUGCGCUGGUUGAUUAAAAUGACUUCACAAGGAACCUAAAAGCGAAGAGCAAAUUAAGUAUUGUGCGUGUUGCAAAAGUUAAAACUACAACUACACUCUUUGAUCAUGUUGAAGUGGACCGUUACGAAACGUUCAGAAAUGAACGGAAACUGCGCUCGUCUGCAAGGUAAUACAGCCAUAGAACAGCGCCACCAUGCACGAAAAUCACUCGGAGCAUUAAAUGAUCGGAUGAUGAUAGCGUCCGAUGGUGUCGAGAAUGAAACAAUAAUCAACAAUAAACUAAAGGCUCGCCGAUCGCUUGGAAUGACUGUCUAUGACCCUACACGAUUUGACAAGGAGAACGAAUGCAUUACAUCAACACCACAUCCUGCAGCGGCAAGAACAUCGACGUCGCCCUACUCAAUGGUACUACGGGAUGUUAGCAAUAUAACACCCAACUCAACCCCUUGUCGAGCAACGAAAGUGAGUGCCAAAAGCAGGAAACGCACCGCCACAGCAUCCCGUGUCCGGGAUCCAAAACUAUGUGGCAGCAAAAGAAACGCUAGUGCACGAGAAUCAUACGCUACCACGUUACCAUCGUUUGACGUCGAGUACUCUCCAUGUGGCAUGAAAAACGUUCCUUUUUUAGCAUUACGUGGUGUUGGUUUAAACGAUUUCGACAAGCCCGGUCGAUACUUUCACAAUAGAUUAGAUGGCGGUGCUUCCAAAAAAUCAAAGUUAGAAGAAAACCAUGAAGAUACAACCAGACCUCCAAUGGAGGUAUCGCGGCCGUUUCCUUGCACACCAGUAUCUUCCCGCGAUAAACAUUUGCAUAUAAAUGAGAUGGGCUUUCAGGUAGUCUCUUCUACGAGCAAAACAAUUAACAAUAACCAAAUAUAUGUUUCUGAAACAAUGGACGAAAAUGAGUUGUCCCUCAACUCCUCUGAGAUGGGUGACAUCACACUUGACAAGAUGAUUGAUGCCAUUCUGGCAAGUGCUAAGAAGGAGUUGAAAUUGGUUACACCACGUCCCAAGCGUACAUUGAGCAUCAAAUCGAAACAAUCCAAAGGAUCUUCACCAACCUACACACCUGCCGAUGAUCCAGCCAUGGAUUUGUACGUGCUUGAGCAGCAACUUCCACAGCGGUUAGAACGGUCGCAAAAGAAGACAGUGAUAAUUCUUGAAGAGAACGGACAGGUGAACGAACGUGAAAUAAAAACACCAGAAUCGAACAACUGUAACUCCUACGACCAGCAGCCUAUGGAGGGGGUGGUUGAACGGCAAUCUUUAAAAAGGUUGAUUGCCAGCAGUCCCCUGGAGUCCCCGGCUUGUCAUCUGCGUCGCCAAAAAGCUGUAAGACGGAAACAUAAAGCCGAUUCAGCUGCAGCGGCAACCUGUUGCCCAUCGUUCAGUGAUUAUUCUGACAACAUUGUGAAGAGUCUGUCUAAUAUGCCUGAAAGUCCUUGUACCCCGCAGAUGCUCUGCAAUCGUUCAAGAACCGAACAGAUGGUACUCCUGGAAACUCCUAUUCGCACAGCAUUGGUUGGUGUUGGUGUUGUAAAUAGCGAUUUGCAAUCGCGACAAGAAGGGGCUUCUGCCAAUGUAACCCCCAGCAUAAGAUCAAUCGAUCUACAAGGAUCUUCUACUCCAACGGUUUCUGGUGCCCACAAAAAGUGUUUGGAGAUAAGUUCCAAAUCUUUAACAUAUUCUCCGGAAACGAGCGCGGGUAUACUGUCCGGAAACAGUGACUCGCUGCAAGGACGACGAUCCAUGGCCCUGUCUACAACGUUACGUUGCUCACGAAUAGAUUCAGCGAGUUCAGCCCUUAUCGAUAAUCAAGCACGUGGGACGCUCGAGCUAAAUAUUCGGCUGGAUGCACACGGCCGUUUGCUCGUACACGUUAUUCGAUGUACGGAUCUGCAGCGCACGAAUCUUGGUAGUACGUUAGAAUGCACCGCCAUUAACGCGUACGUCAAAGUUACGUUGGCAAAAUCCGUUACGACUUCUCAAGCGGAGCAAGAGUUUCAACGGACCGCUGUUCAUCGGAAUUCUAACAGACCACACUUCGAUCAGCGGUUUUACCUGGACGUAUCACCAAACGACGAGCGGCGCGUGCAACUGACUGUCUGGCAUCGGAAUCGGGAAUGCAAACGAAGCGAAUUUCUAGGAUGCAUGUCAUUUCCAGUGAGAAAUGUUAUCAAAAAGGAAAUAUACGGUUCUUAUCGACUACAAUCUCAAGCGUGCCUGGUAAAUCCUAGUGCACCAAUUAGCGAUAUUAUGUGUGAAAUUUCUCAAUCGAGUGUGGACGAAAUUGUCAGCAUGGAAGACGUAAGCAGUAGUGCAAUAGCUUCGGCUCCUAGUGGAACCUCAACGACCGGAACCGUGACUAUAGGAACUACUGCGUGUUGUGCAGAUUCUUCCAUAGAACAAAUCAGUCUUAGCAAAAAGGCAAUCCAUCAGCGAGAUGCAGAUGAAAACCUAUUUUUACGUUUUCUGGAGCUAGAUCCUUCUCCAGACGGGAUUCCAAGUAGCGGUAGCCUACCUAUUUCAACAACACCGCGGCGAACUUCUGUUUGCUCUGGGAAACCGGCGAGCUCGGCGGGACGUACUCCUUUUACCAUUACGAAACGAUUGGUUCGAAGCGGUGAUCGAGGUUAUGGAUUUUCAAUCGUUUGGACACAUCCUCCGAGGGUGGAAAAGAUCGAGUCAGGACUAUCGGCAGAAAAGGCUGGUAUUUUACCAGGUGACUAUGUCGUAUUCGUUGAAAAACAUAACGUAGUCACUAUGCCAGAACAAGAUGUGUUAAAUUUGAUCAGAACUCAAGGCAACACACUGCUUUUGGAAAUUUUUCGUCGCCCACUUCAAACUACGGCUCAACAACAGCAGAAACAACGUUUAGGAAAUGUUUUACGUAACUCCACGGCAGAUAUGACCUGCACGACCACCACUACUAGCAGCAGUGGUAAUCUUUUAAGCUUCACCCCGUAUCACAUGCCAAACAAUACGUUACUGGUAUUAGACGAAUCGGAACUGUCCUUGAAGACUACGCCCUGUGGAGCAGAACGCUCCUCAACCGCCUGUUCAAACAUUUCGAUUGAAACUGCCAAAAGAAAACUUCACCUACCGCAAGUUACAUUUAGCAAAGAGUCUAUUGUUCAUCAAUUCACUGAUCAUCGCAGAAAGUUGCUGUAUCAGCUGAUAAACCGCGAGCAACACUUCAUUAACGCUAUCAACUUUGGUAUUGAGCGUUUUGUCAAUCCUUUGCGAGAAAGAAAAGAUUUAAUCUCGUCGAAUGAUCAUAAAACAUUAUUCCAAAACAUCGAUGAACUAUCACGGAUAUCGGAAGACAUUUUGGAGCAAGUUAUACAGGAUGAAACGGAGCUCCGAAUCCAUUUCGCAUCACGUGUUUAUUUAUCCAAAAGUACAGCACUCUGUGUCGCCUAUCGGAAGUAUUGUAAUGGGCUCAAAAAAGCCGACUGCGUAUUGGUCAACAAGUCUAGAAAUUCGAACUGUGAUUUUAUGAAAUUCAUAACCGAGCCUCCGGUGCCGCGAAAACGUCCAGAUCUAACUACGUUCAUACAUCGACCGCUUCAGCAUUUUAGGGAAAUUUUAAAACAUAUGCAAAUGAUCGCAUCGCAUUGUCGUGUAGAUAGUGAAGAACAAAUCAAUUUUAAUAGCAUAAUUAACGAACUGCAGACAUCAUACCGUGAAAUAACAGUUGGUGGAGGACUUAUGGAGCCUAUCGGAGAAGGUCGCCCACUUUUAACAUUGCAAGAUCUUGAAGCAAGAAUGGUAUUCACUAAAUGCAAACCAUUUCAACUUGUAACUCGCGGCCGACAAUGGAUUUUUGGUGGAGACUUGUCGCGUAUUGAAGGAAGGUCGGUUAAACCCUAUUGGACACUGCUAUUCAGCGAUAUAUUGCUUUUUGCUAAAGUAAGUCGCGAUCGUGUGUUAUUCAUUACUGAGGAACCCAUCAGUCUCUCUACAGUUACCGACUCUUGUUUCAAUAUUCGAAAAAAAGGUACUGAGUUUCGUUUGACAAUUGAUCCAAGUGGUCGCCAAAUUGAAAGUCCAACGGUGCACUGCGCACCGGAUCUAACUCGAACGCCAAAAAAAAAUUUGAAAAAGCGAUACGUUGUGCUGCGAGCUCCAUCUACCGAGCUGAAGGCUGUUUGGCAGAACCUGCUCACAAGGCAAAUCUUUCUUGUUAAUGCUACACUGGGAUGCACUCCUUUAAGCAGCCCAUUGGAUUCUCCAGACAUACUUCAAUCUCUUGUUCCCAUUGCUGACAUUGGUGCUACUGUAACUACGAUAGCACCUGGGAAUAUAUCCUCUUUGGAUAACGUUCAUCAAAAAAAUAAUCAGGCAAGGCUAAACCCAAUGCCAAAGCAAGUCGAAGAGCUUAUCGAUGAGCAGUGUAUGAAAUUAAACAAAACAGGAGUUCCGCAAGGCAGUGCCCUGCACUUAGCCCAAUGGAUGAAAGGGCAAUUGGACAAGCAGGUUAUCGAAUCAGAACCCAUCGAUUCGGACCCCGAACAACAGGUGGAAGAGUGGUCAAUUGAAAAAGUAACAAACCGAUCCAAGGAACUAAAUCUUGUUGAUUCCAACGGUAGUUUGCAAAGGCUCCCGACAAACUACCUGGUGAACAGCACUAAAGUAAACAUCGUUGGGCAAGUUCCUGCCGAUGAAAUUUCAUUGUUUGAAGACGACGAGGACAAAAGCUUCUCAAAAAGUACCACUUCCGAUAGUCAAGUAACUGUUCGAUCGAGUCCUUUAAGCAAUAAAUUAGAUACACUGUCUGUGUGUCGACAAUGUCAUAAAACAUGUAAAAGCCGUGUCAGUUCGCGAAGCAAUAAUUCGCUUAGAGUUCAGCAUAGCCAGAGUUCGCCACCAAAUCGAUGCUGUGUUUCCAACUCUACCACUGUCAGCAGUCUGAACAAAACUCCAAACACUUUAUCCAGCAUGUCGUCUACGAGUACGCUUACAUUGCACGGAACUUCGCCUGGCCAAGAAAA